GGAGAGAGUCAGAGCUGGACUCUGAGAGGGAAGAGUAGACAGGGCCAUAAAUCAGAAGAUCCAAGACGGGCGUUGGGGGAGCAUAGCAUGUCCUACACCCAAAUUCUGGAAGGCCAGAUUAUAGUGUUCGUUACCCCAGGAUCAAACCAUUACAAUGGAGAAGGAAAAUUUCAUGUGUCUGCUGAGGAUAAAAGGCGCAGAGGUGUCGCUGGCUCUGGAGCCAUCUACCCUGAGUUGGACCUUUAACAAGAGACAGGCCUACAGGAAGAAAAGUAUGACAGUCUCCGUUCCAGUCAAUGAAAUUGUCACAGUGUGUCUGGGUGACAACAAACAGCAGACGAAGCAGUUGAGUGCUCCUAGUAACCAGUUCACAGUGUAUCAUGUGUCUCGUAAGUCUUCUCAACGCUGGUUUCUUCAAAUGGUGACCUUUACAGCUUCAGAUGCCCAGGUGGCUCAUAGCUGGGUGCAGGCCAUCCAGAAGAAGAUGUGUGAGAUCGGACACACAAGACCAAGGAAACUUCUCGUCUUCAUUAACCCGUUUGGGGGUCGCGGUAAAGCUUCAAGAAUUUACUAUGGUAACACAAGCCACCUCUUCCAGCUGGCGGGAAUCGAAACUGAUGUGAUAGAAACAACUCGAGCGAACCAUGCAAGAGACUAUAUAAUGGAAGCAGAUCUACAGACAUACGAUGGGGUGGUGUGUGUUGGAGGGGAUGGCAUGUUCAGCGAGUUGCUCCACGGGCUGGUGAGUCGUACACAGUAUGACAGCGGAGUUUGCGAAGACAAAGAGGAUGCGCAACUAACACCUUGCAACCUGCGGAUCGGAAUUAUACCGGCAGGCUCGACUGACUGUGUAUGUUUCGCAACAAUGGGAAUCAAUGACCCAGUGACGUCAGCCCUGCACAUCAUUAUCGGUGACACACAACCAAUGGACGUUUGCGCGUCAUAUCACGAUGGACAACUGAUGAAAUAUUCUGUGUCGCUGAUUGGCUAUGGCUUCUUUGGUGAUGUCCUGAGGGAGAGUGAGAACAUGCGCUGGGUGGGACCUAUACGAUAUGAUCUAGCAGGCAUGAAGAUGGCACUCUCUAACCGGUCAUACCGAGGAACCAUAGAAUUCCAGGAGGCCGGUGACAGCAACUCCAGCCCAAGAGACAACACUCGCUGCAGGGCAGGGUGUCUUGUCUGUUCUGAGUCAUCAGAUAGAUUACGAGAGGCGGCAGAGGAAUAUCCAACAGAUGGUUGCUCGGAGACUUGGAGGAAGGUGACCGGUUCCUUCUUGGCAAUCAACAUUACUGGAAUGUCCAGUGCUUGUCCCAAGAGUCAAGAUGGCCUCUCCCCAACUGCACACUUAGCGGACGGGACUGCCGAUCUUAUUCUAGUGCAAGAAAGCAGCACAGUACAGUUCCUGAGACACCUCAGCCGGUAUACCAACCGCAAAGACCAGUUUGACUUGCCCAAUGUGGAAGUGCACCGGAUCCGUGCCAUGCGCUUCACCCCUGAAGAACUGGAUGAGGAAGAGGAAAUCCGUCAUCAAAAGAGAUUUUUCGUGUGUCCGUGUGGGAACACAUCACCCACCAGCACGUGGAACUGUGAUGGGGAGAUCUUGAACUGCGCACCGCUCAGUGUGAGGGUCCAUCACCAGCUCAUCCAGUUGUUUGCCCGGGGGAUUGAAGGCACCUUGUGCAGCUGAGGACAAUUCCUACAUAGCCCCAUAAAAGGUUCAACGUGUUACACAUGUGGGCAUUUCAUAUGACCUAAAGGACUGAUAUCUGCUGCUGGCACAGCAAACUUUGCUCCCACUGGUUGCCUGCUGGCCGGACACCACCCGACAUCACAAAACUGCCAAGCACUUUAAGUCUUAUGAGAAAACCUCACAUCUCCAGCAGAUGCCUGGAAGCUAAAAGGCUAAGGGUCCUUAUAAUGUAGAAGUAGUACCAAUAUUUAACCAUAUACCCCAUAAUGGGGGUUCCUGAUGGGGUUGUUGCUAAUUUAUAACAUUGAGAAACCAGGACAAGCCCGGAGCUUGUGGGAAUUAUUUAUAUCUGCAAAGAAUCAACGCUGGAUUAAAGGGAACGUUCAGCUUC